AUGCAGGGCCGCCCUCUUGUUUUUGUCUGCAAUCCACCUUACGACGACGAGCUGCUCAAUGCUCGAGCAGGAACUGAAGAAGAAAAGUUGUCUCGCAGACGGGCUUUAGAGCGCAGCUUUCUGCCUCUGGAUGUGCUGUGCGCUGUGGCCAUAAGAUCUGGCUGCCAGUCACUGUGGAUCCUCUGGGGAAACGCAGAAGACGCACCUGUAGAAGAGGCCGCGUUGCAUGCUGGAAUGCGAAUAUUGCAGCAAGUCCGAUUUCAACGCAAUGUCCACACACCCGGGCCGUUUGCAACAGCAUGGCACCUGUGUCCGGCCAGCGCAGACACUUCUUUGGAGGAGGCAGUGGUCAAAGAGACCAUUCUUUGGUACGAUGCCAUGGGUGCUCCCUCG